AUGGCAGACUCGUCCAACGCGCCGCUGCUUCAAUCGCGCAGCUCAUAUGGUUCAACUGAUAAGACCUCUACGCACCAUGAUAGUGAAGCUGCGGGGGAGAUACACCCGAGUCGAGAUGUAGAAGACGAUGUACUCCCCGAAACGUCGAUCAUUGGGAGGAAUUUAUCGUGGCAGAGCGCUUAUAUCCUCGUUAUAUCGCGCGUCGUCGGCAGCGGUAUCUUUGCGACGCCCGGAACAAUCGUGCAAUCCGUCGGAAGCGCAGGACUAUCGCUAUUGCUAUGGAUAAUCGGCGCUUUCAUCGCAGCUUGCGGUCUUGCAGUGUCGCUCGAGUUUGGAUGUAUGCUUCCUCGGUCGGGAGGCGAUAAAGUAUACCUUGAGUUUGCGUAUCGACGACCGCGAUUACUUGCGUCUACGCUGUUUGCGAUGUAUGCUGUGCUUCUGGGAUUCACGGCGAGUAACUGCAUCAUCUUUAGUAAAUAUGCGUUAUUUGCGCUGGGAGUCGAAGCGACGGAUGUGUUGAGCAAGAGUCUUGCUGUAGGACUUCUCACAUUCGUCUGCAUCACACACAGCGUGUUUCCCAAAGCAGGCGUCAAGAUUCAGGAUGUUCUGGGCUGGAUAAAAAUCGGCAUCAUCGUCUUUAUGAUCCUCUCGGGCUUCUACGUCGUCAUCUUCCGUCCCGACACGAGCACGGCACCACUCACGCACCAGCUCGCAUGGGAACAUCUUUGGGAAGAGACGAGCUGGAACUGGGGCGUUAUCGCAACGAGUCUCUUCAAGGUCUUUUAUUCAUUCGCGGGGUUGGAUAAUGCUGCGAAUGUAAUGAAUGAGGUCAAGCAGCCUGUGAGGACGUUGAGGUCUGUUGCGUUGACGGCACUGGGGACGGCGUGUGGAUUGUACAUGCUUGUCAACAUUGCGUACUUUUUGGUGGUCCCGAUUGAGGAGAUUCGAGGGAGUGGUGAACUCAUUGCCGCGUUGUUCUUUGAGAGGUUGUUUGGGGAGAAGUUUGGAAGAGUUGUUCUCCCGACAGCUGUGGCAUUAUCGUCAGUCGGGAAUGUCAUGGUCGUCGCUUUCGCACUGGCACGAAUGAAGCAAGAGAUCGCAAGACAAGGCUUCCUCCCAUACUCAUCUCUCCUCUCCUCCUCCCGACCAUUCAACUCUCCAAUGGGCGGCUUUGUAAUCCACUACAUCCCGUCCUUUCUCGUCAUGAUCCUCCCUCCCUCUGAUUCAAUCUACUCUCUCAUCCUCGACAUCGACGGAUACGCCGCGCAACUCAUCGGGCUAGCCGUAGCAAUCGGCCUUGUAAAGCUCCGCUUCCAACGUCCAGACCUCCAGCGACCCUUUAAAGCGUGGAUGCCCGCGGGAGAUCGGAAGAAACGGUUGAUGUGCAUUGCAGAGGGAGAUGUUGUCGAUCACUCAGGUCCGGGACAUCCUAGAUAG